AUGUUGGUAGUCUUGCGAUUUGACUGCUGUCAAAACUGGCAUCGGAAGGACGUGACGUCAUACGAGUCUUUUCCACACGUUUUCGUAGGGAACGACAGCCGUGAAUCUAAGCACAGAAUGGGUCGUGUACGUACCAAGACGAUCAAGAAGGCCUCAAAGGUCAUCAUCGAGAAAUACUACACUCGAUUGACCAUGGAUUUCGACACCAACAAGCGCAUUGUCGAAGAGGUGGCCAUCAUUCCGACGAAACCGCUGCGCAACAAGAUCGCUGGUUUUGUAACUCAUUUGAUGAAGCGUCUGCGUCACUCACAAGUGCGCGGUAUUUCCAUCAAGCUCCAGGAGGAAGAACGUGAACGUCGCGAUAACUACGUGCCGGACGUGUCUGCACUGGAGCAAGAUAUCAUUGAGGUCGAUCCGGAGACGAAGGAGAUGUUGAAGCAUCUGGACUUCAACAACAUCGUCGUACAGCUGACCAACCCGGCCGCACCAGGAUACAGCAAUCGACGCAACUAAAGGCGCGCGGG